CGAUUUCCGACGUGACCUGCGUUAUGCAAAGUGCUCCACGCAAACCAAACAAAAAUAUUGUGAAUAUUAUAGGAAAAUAAAUAAUGAAAAAUCAUAAUGUGGAAACAGAAAUUAAAAGACAUAUUGAAGGCAAAGCGCACAGAAAAUUAGUGUGGAAAUUAGAAAUUUGCAAAAAAUAAAAAUUUUGCAAUGUGUAGUAAUGAAAGUGCCCAGCUAAAUACACAGUAAAACAAAGUAAUUGUGAAAAUAUAUUAUGAAAAAAUAUGGCUUAAAAAAGAAAUGUGCAAUUUGGUGUGCAAAAAAAUAAUUAUAUAACACUAUGCCAUACAUAUGUGUGUACGUGUACGUGUAUUUGUGUGUGCUUUGGAAGCUGUUGUAUGCUGAGAUAAUUACUCACUUAUUUGUUUUCUGUCUAUAACUCGCGGCUAAUUACCUGCUUUGAAUUUGGCAGUGAAAAAAAAAUUAAAUAGCUUGAAAAUUUAAGCAACUGAAUGAGCAAAUGAAUCAAUUAGUAGAAGCAAAAUUAAUUUAAAGACCACAACCUCUAAAUGUAGUCUAAACAAUAAUAUUUUGAGGUCUUCUUGUGUUGUGCACUGGCUUAAAUUACACAACAUCGCUAAUGCCAAAAAGUGAACGAAAAACUUCAGAUGGAAAAGUAAUUGGAAGACUCGCGCGCAUAAUGAAAAUCGUUAGGCAUCUGCUAAGCCGAAAAUCAUCGCCAAUCAAGAGUCUGGCAGACGCCACUUAACGCGGAAAACACAAACACACACACACAGCCAUACGCGCAUGCAAACAAGUGACCAACUUUUGCUUUUAAAAAACGCUUUGCUUUAGUGCGUGCGUGUGUCUGUUCAUAUGUGAGCAAGCGUGCGUGCGGCUCAUUCGCUUAUUAUGCGAUUUGAAUCAAUUUCUCAAAUCACUCUGAUCACUGUGGCAUCAACCGCGACCACCAAUUGCUACGCAUUGCUGUGCUCAACCGCUUGGCGCGCACAUGUUGCACACACGUCAUUUGCAUCUACAACUGCAACAACAACAAAAGAUAGACGUUUGAAAAGCGCUCGUUGAACGGCAUUUGAUCAGGAAUUGCCGCUGCAACUUUUCCACCAUCACGCCGUUGCGUCCUCCCCCAAUUCGCACACACACACACUUACAUACAUAUAUGUGUAUACAUAAGCGAGCGCUAGCACUCACACGAGGAUGGCUUAUGUAAUCUGGAAAAUAUUUAUGAAGCAAUAUUCGCGUUUUCGUUUCGAUUUGGCAACCGCAACAACACCCAGCUCCGCCGCUCUGCUCAUAAGCCGACCGCUCGUCGCCCCCUACAAUCAGCCGGCCAUUAUGGCGAAUCCACAGCCCAGCAACAACAACGUCAACAGCACAAGCAACAAUGAAAAUAACGGUCAAAGUGGCAAUAUACGUGGCAAUAGUACAAGUAGGCCACCUGAGGGUGAAGAGCAUAGCGUUGCAAUAUUAACAACAACAACAACAACAAACACUACAAAUAAUUGCAAACACAAUUGCAACAAUGUAAACGGCAACGCCGAAGAACACUUGGCGGAGGUGCUGGUUAUGCCGGUGAAUGACACAAAAGCGAUUACAGCAACAACAACCACAGCAGCAACGAUUACAGAAACAGCAACUGUGGCGGAGGCCACUAAAAGUCGCACCAACACAGCUGAUGAAAGCCAUGAAGCCGGCCUAAACAGCUGGAACUGUGGCAAUGUGGCAAACGCGGCAACAAAAGCAACAAAUGAGGCCAACAUAAUGGCCGAGGUACGAAGUACGGGUGCCACUGCACCAAUUGCGCAAGAGGAAGACGACGCCGAGGAGAUUUGGUAUUCCGGGGAGGAGGAUGGUGGUCGCGAUGCGGAGUUGGUGGAGAAACAACAAGAAAAUUGCUGCUGUUUGGUCAAUGACAACGAACGGUGUUGCCAAGUCGAUAUCGAUUUGAAUAUUAAUGCAAUUGCAACAACUACAACAACGGCGACGACAACAGAGAAGCCGGUGCAGCGCAGCAAAUCGCGCGUGCGCACAUAUUUGAAGCGGUGCAGAGAUCGGCUGACAGGUCAGCAUCAACAGGCGGUCGCAAAUGCAACGAAUUCCACAGCAGCAACAACAACGACAGAAACAACAGCCACCAAAAUGUAUGUGCAAGAUGAAAAAUGCCAAGAAUCGAUUGGCGUUGAGGUGUCGAAUGCAGCGCGCAGCCGAAGCACCCAGCAAUUCGCCGCUCUCGAAGAAAAGAAGGAGGAAGAGGCGGAGGCAGAGGCAGAGGGGGCGUAUGAGGAAGUUGAGAAUAAGGCGUGCACCACUACAUUAAUUGCCACAACCGAGCGACAGGGCGACGUAGCAACGCACACGCUAUUAACACCAACUGCGUUGGCCAUGCAGGGAGAGCACACGUCGGGAGAGGAGGCGUCGCUGGGGCCAGACGAAGAAGCGCACUUAACAAGCGAGCAAUCGGUGUUGGCUUACGAUGAUAUUGACUUUAGUUUGCCGUCAUCGUCAGUGUUGAUGGACAGCGGCAGUUCGAAUGUCAGUGCUGACCAACAACAACAACAGCAGCAAACGACACCGUUGACCUCUGCCGAGCAUAAGCGCGACACCCUCGCUUUGGCGGCCGCUGAAGUUGAAGUCGAAGUUGAUGACUCGGCUGAUUUAACUGUCGAACAAGAGACUAGACAGAUGCAACAACAAACACAAAGUGGCAUGCUGAAGUACUCAACCGUUGCCGCUGAUGUUGCCAGAGUAAAAUUGCUACAACAACAACAGUCGCUCAUGAGUAUCAGCAGCAGCUGUCCGCCACUUGUCAAGGAGGAACAAUUGGCUUGCGCUAUACAUAUGGACUCGGGCACCGCUGCGCUGAUUGACAAACACCUCGCCGCCAUUUAUCCUGUCUAUACGGCGUGCACACGCUCGAUUCUAAUUCGCCAAGCACGCGAUUUGCUCGUCUGCUCCUAUCUCGGCUGCCUGCAGUCGUUCGAAAUGGAAUUCCUAUGCAAAUUUGCCGAAAUUGCUGCUGAGCUGCGGCAACGGCAUGCCGUCGGUGUGAAUGUCCUUUGGCGUAAAGGAUGGCCACUUACAACUCCAACAGGCGAAGUUAUUCUACAUUUGGGGGCUCUUGAUGAUGCCUUAGUACGUCCAGGCGAUUUAUAUUUGUGCGUUAAAAGUGUUGAUAAAACGGAAACGCCACAAUUGCAUGUGGUUUGGCGGAACGCCUCAAACGGCUUACAAAUACAACAACAACAAACACAACGGGCACACGCAAGUGCAACGGCCACGUUUGCUAUCUGCGACGCAGCAGCAGCAGCAACAACAAUUCAAAGUCAUUGCAUCGAUUUCAACGCAACAACAACAACAACUGCAACAGCAGUAGCAACCACCCCACCAACACAUUUAAGCGCAUUAACACUCGAAAUGUUGACGAGUGACGAAUUGCCGCAAUUGUUGCAACACUUGCUGGUGGGCGUUGAGCACAGCAUCGAGCGGGUCUCGUUGAAUGAGCUGCAAAUGCCCGCCUCGACGACAGCAGCAACAGCGACAGUGCCGCUGGCAUCGGACGAGGCCAACAAUAAUGGCAAAUGCAUUGGCAACAACAACAACAACAUUAGCAGCAGCGGCGGCGCCAUCAACAGCAGCUUAAUGCGCUGCAGCAACAACAAUACAAUAACAAAUUCACCGAAAUGUGCAUUACGACGCAGCGAAUUGAUCACCAAAAACAAAGUCCUCAACAACAAAUUCAUGUUGCGACGCCUGACCAAUCGGCAGGACAGCAUGAAUUCCACGUCGUCGGGACAGAGUUGCGGCAGUAGCGGAAGCACCUCCAGCGAGGAGCUAUUGCGUUGCAACGGCAGCCAUCAAAACAGCUACAACAACAACACAAAUAAUAAUAAUAAUAAUAUCAGCUCGCCGUGUGGCAAUGCCAACACAUCGGAUCCGUUGAAAAUGUCCGCGGGCGCCACAAAUUCGGCGAGCACCUCACCGGCGUUGCCACUCUUCUGUUUGGGCAAUUCAUUUCCGCACAUCGAUAGUGACGAGGAGAAUGCCGAUGAGAAGCGCAGCGCGCAUGGAGAGGAUCAAUUUGAGUGUGAAAUCGUGCCACCUGCUUCAAUCAGCGAAAUCCCCGAGAAACUCUUAACCACUUCGGGUAUUUAUCUGCCAGGCACCACCGAUCUGAAAGGCCAUCCCAUUGUCACUGUCGAUGCGGAAUGCGUACUGGCAGCCGGUCUGAAUUGCUACGAAAUAGCAACGGUGCUACUCUUCUACAGUACGAUACCUGAGAGAGUUUCAACUGCGAAUGCUAAUGACCGUGCCACAACGCAGCAGCAGCAACCUUCAAUGCAACAACAGCAAACACAACACAGCCACCAAGAGUCGCCGGCAGAACCGGCGUUCGUCAACCGUCCGUCGACACCGAAAAUGGCCAGCGCAGCGACGGCAGCGACGUCGGCAUCUGGCAACUCCGCAAGUGUGUCAGUCACCUCAAAUGUCACAACAGCCACCGUCACCGCCGCUAAAUCACCCGCCCAUGUGACUGCUGACAGCAACAACGCCACCAACAGCAACGACAGCAGCUACAGCGGCAGCAGUGGCAGCCACGGUGCUGCAACACCAACGUUCACCAUUCUAAUUGCCAUCGAAAAGUCGGGCCAAAUGUGCGUAAUCGACUUAAUUUGCCAAAGUCUGCGUCUACUGACAAGGCAAAUUGCGUAUUGCGAAAUUCUUGCCGUUUGCCUCGAACACAAGUUAUUGCUGGAACAACAGCAGCAACAACAACAGCAACAGCACUCAGCAUUUGGCAAUAACACGGCUGUCAGCAGUUGCGCUAAUGGCGAGAAUAACGAAAGUUGCAUUAAGGAGCAGCAGCAGCAACAGCAACAGCAAGCAGCAGCGACACAGCAAAAACAACAUUCGUUGAAAUUCAUUAGCGUCAAUGAAGUCACGACAAGUGUUGCACCAUCGCAAAUACCGUACGGCAAAUUGCAAGGUUUGCAUCAUCACGACGCGCGGAAGUGGCGCGAAUUCUUCGUCGCACUGGAACCCUUUCAACGGCAAUGCGCGACGGCGGGCCAGCGGCUAGUGGCCGCCAUGAGUGACAUACGCUCCGCCGACCUACAGGGUUUACCCACACGUCGCCAAUUGUACGCGCAACAUCGCGCGCUAAGUCGCGCGCUUAUGGAUUCUGAAUUACAUAAUUUGCGCAAGCGCGGCGCUUUACAGUUAGCGCGUCUGCAGGAGCUGGCCAAAGCGUUUGCGCUCGUUGCAGCGGCGCCGACUGAUGCUGGCGAAAAUAGCCAUAAUCGUAAUGGCAACAUCAGCGUGGCUAACAGUAGCAACAACAACAAUACGCGCUAUUGCUAUGGCAGCAGCAGCAGUGGUGCCGGUGGUGUAGGCAACAGCAAUCGCCACAGCAGCAGCAACAAACUAUUGUCCACCAUUUCAUCCAUCAGCCAUCUCGGUUUUGGUGGCAGUUAUAGCUUUGGCAUGACACAUCAACAACAGCAACAACAGUCGUCACAAAGUCGCCCCGCUGCGUCAAAGUACAGCACAAUGACGUCAUGCGAUGCCAUCAGCCGGCCAACAGUAGCGGCCAACGCGACGGUAGCUAAUAAUGCUGUUGCGGCAGAUAACUGUAUGGCAACGGGCAACGUGGAUGUUGCAAUUAGGCUGCAUAAAGUGACAUUACUAUUCAAUGAGGUCGAUCGCGCGGCCAAGCGGCUGGAGCAGCUCACGGAGCAGCGUCGUGAGCGUUUGCGUGAAUUGACGCGUCAGCGAGCGCUGGAGGAUGAAAUUAACGAGGUAACAUCUUGGAUCACCAGUGACGGCAAUGACACGCUACAACGCUUCGCCAGUCUUCAGCUGGACUCUGAAUCCGCCAUUAAAGAGCAGGAGCAAGAGUUCGAAAAAUAUUAUUUCAUUUCGAUGAAACACUUGGCCAAGGGCCGCGAUCUGCACGAUGCGGCAGUCAACAUUGAACCACUGCGCGAGAGCGCCGUCAACCUGAAGUCCGCACUCGAUUGCUUCGCUGAAAAGCUUGAGUUGGCGCGAGAACGCAUAGAAGCAGCAACCAGACUAUAUCAACUACUGCUGACACACCAGCUCGAGGCCCACUUACUACAGGAGGCGCAACGGCUGGCCGAAAUUUCAGGCGCCACUCAAUUGCUUAAGAAAUUCCGUCAGGAACAGCGAGAAAACAGCAACAACGAGCCGACGACAGAUCAAACGGAAUUAGCAGAAACCACCAACAACAAUAAGAACAAUAAACCAAAUAGUCUUAACCUCACACUCAACUAUCGCAGCAAUAGCGUCACCAGCAGUUUAACCAAACAACAACAAUUGCAACAACAACUGCAACAUGUCGCCGUUAUAACGAGUACACCGCUGCCGCGCAUGAAUCGCCUUAGUCAUCGCUCCAGUUCGGGUAUCGGUUCAUUUGACGGUCAAACCUGUCAGUGUUGGCGUGAGAGUCGCAAUAUGGAGGAUAUGGAUGAAAUGCUGGACGCAGACGGUGAGGAACUCGAAAUGGAGGAUGGCGAGGAGGAGCAAUCGAAGGUUGCCGAUUCCGGUGUGGGCGGCUGCGAGCGCUGCGAAGGAAAUCUGAAGUUAACGCGCGUCUGCUCGUGCCAGAGCCUCAACGAAGCGGUCAAUUUGUACAGCAAGGGCGAUGAGCUUGAUUUCGAGUGCUAUGAGCGCCCUAUUAAACAUUAUAAUGACAUACACUCACCCAUGGAGGCGAAUGCGCAUCUGCAGUACCACGCCUCAAGUUUGGAAUUGUCGAAGUUGGAUGAAAUCAGUUGCUUGGAUCCGAAAAUACAAAAAACGCUUCUAUUGAUCAUGCGUGAAAUGAUUGGCACGGAACGCGACUAUGUACACUCGUUGAAUUAUGUCAUUGAAAACUAUGUUGACGAGUUGUUGCGCGAAGACAUACCGCAGCCGUUACGCGGCCAACGUAAUGUCAUUUUCGGCAACAUUGAGAAGAUCUUCGAAUUCCACAAAUGGCAUUUUCUCAAUGAACUGGAACGUUAUGAGCGCAACCCGUUGAAGGUUGGCAGCGCCUUCUUGGAAAUGGAGUCGAAAUUCUAUUUGUAUGCGCUUUACAACAAGAACAAACCGAAAAGUGAUACGCUAAUGAGUGAAUACGGCACGGCAUUCUUUAAGUCCAAACAGUUCGAAUUAAAUGACAAGAUGGACUUGGCCUCGUAUUUACUGAAGCCUGUACAGCGUAUGGGAAAAUAUGCCUUACUAUUGCAACAAUUGGUCAAAGCUUGCAAUUCCGUUGAGGGUGCCGCACUACAGGAGAUCGCCGCCGAUGUGGAAGAACUGCACCGCGCUGAAGAAAUGGUUAAAUUUCAACUGCGUCAUGGCAAUGAUCUGCUAGCUAUGGACUCGUUGCGGGACUGCGAUGUCAAUGUGAAGGAACAAGGACGUCUGUUGCGACAAAAUGAAUUUCUGGUUUGGCAAGGACGUACCGGCAGAAAGUCACUGCGACAAGUCUUUCUCUUCGAAGAUCUUGUGCUGUUUAGUAAAGCGCGCCGGUUUCCAGACCAAAAGAACUUGGACAUUUAUAUCUAUAAGAACAGCAUUAAGACGUCAGAUAUCGGAUUAACUGCGCAUGUGGGCGAUUCGAAAACGAAAUUUGAGAUUUGGUUCCGUAAACGUAAACCGGAAGAUACUUGGACGUUGCAGUGCAUGUCGGAGGACAUAAAAAAUGCUUGGGCCGAGGAAAUAUCGAAGUUGCUAUGGAAACAAGCGAAUCGAAAUCGAGAAAUUCGCCUAGCCGAAAUGUCUUCGAUGGGAAUCGGCAGCAAACCGUGUCUCGACAUACGCCCCAGCAACAAUCAAAUCAACGAUCGCUCCAUAACAAUAUCACAGCUCGGCAAAGCGCCCAAACUGCGUCACUCCUUCGCCGGCAUGCAAUUGGAUGUCAAGAAGGAUGCACGUCGGCCCAGUUCCUUCAUCUCCGAGAGUUCACUGUCGAGCGGCACCAGCAGCUCCUCACUUAGCACGGGCAGCUCUUCGGGGCACGAGCGCGUGGUUGGCAACGCCUGCAACAGCAAAACAACGCCGGGCGCUGUCAGCAGCCAUCAUGCGCUGGAGCUAAUCAACGAGACGCAAACUCUCACGCUGAGCGGUGUUGGCGGCGCAACGGCGGCGAAUGCGUCUGCCAGCGGCACGAAUACAAACACGCUGAGUAGCAGUGGCAGCAGCGGUCACAGCGGUCGUAGCGGCAGCGGUAAGAGUGGCGCCGGAAAUGGCAGCUCGGCGCGCGCCAAACGCUCAACCACGCUUGUCAGUCAACUCUCCAUGGAAAAUCAAUCAUGUCUCCAUCAUGCAGAAAGCGGCAUACUGUCCGACAUCUCAAUGACGCCCGAUCACGAGCCAGCGGAUGUCACAACCAGCUGGUUAAAUGCCACAACAAAAGCAACAACAAAAUCAUCGCCGAACGCCAGCGGCACGGCGGCCACCGUCGGCGACAGCACGGUGAUUUUCCGCCGCCAUCGCUUCCAUCUGCUGAAACACCAUCCCCACCACAAGGAACUCAACCAACAACAACAAUCAACACAAGCGGCCUUAACGGAACGCAUAAGCAUGACCGACCAAUGCAAUCCGUAGUUGCGGGCGAGGCGCAACUCUCUGCGACAUUUCGAAAAGCACGAAAGUUGAGAAAAAACGAGGUUAAAACAGCACAUAGUACCGAACAAUUACAAAAACAAAAAAAAUAAAAACUAAAAAAAAACUUAGCAAUAAUUUUUAAAUAAUUUUAUCAUUAAUUAUUUAAUAUUAAUUAGUGAAAUACGAUAAUUAAAUGCUAAGUGUUUUUAUGUGUACACACAACAACAACAAAACUAAAUUUCAGAAUACAUACUUACAAACACACACAAAUGGCGCUUACAUGCAUACAUACAUACAUUGUAUGUCAUCUCUUUUUUGUUGUUUUUGUUGUAUAUUUUUCGUUUCAAUUGGUUUAUAGUUUUAGUUCUAAGCCACAACCAACUAAGUAAGCGCCCCAAUUAUUGUUUGAGAAAUAAACAGAAAUAUAUUUCAAGCACUUUCAUUACAAAUAAGUGCAUAUUGUAAAAGGCGCAGAGUAAAAACAAAAUAAAAUAUUGUUAAAUAAUAUGUAUGUAUGUAGUUGUAAAUCUUUGAACCAGUGCUAUAUGCCUUUCGCUUUAAAUACUUAAAAUAUUAUAAUACGAAACCCACAAAACAGUUUUAAUAAGCUCCCACAUUUGUAUGUAUAAUUAAUUUUUCCUUCACACACACACACACACAUACACACAAGUGUUAUAUGAAGUCCUGAAUUGGCUGAAUUCUCUUUCGAAGUGUCAAUUUUUUAUUUGCAAAAACAAGAAUUGAAGUAAACCAUAAAAUUGGAA